AACAACAGCUGCAAGACUAGGAGCUAAGGAACCCGUCCAAACAGUGCAGCCGUGCUAUCGCCCCGAACAACGAUGAACCAGAGGGAGAGUCUAUAUAUCAGAGGGUGGAUGAUCAGAAUGGGCUAAGAGCGUCUCGCUCCGCCUUUCACGGAUCACGUGGCAGUGCUAUCGAUCAGGCUAGACCGGAGCUCGGAGAAGCUAUUGACGCGGGCGAUUUUCUGAUUUCCUUUCUCGGACAGUUCCCAAGAUAUACUUCUCGUGCACUAAAAAAGAAUCCUUUGGAACGACGAUUCCAAACACCCGGCUUGGCUCAAGCUUUUAAAGCUCAACAGGCACAAUGUUUUACGACCUCAACGUGCCGUACGGCCCAGACGAUCCCGAGAUCGCUCCAACUUUAAGCUUUCUUGCAGAACUCGGUUACACGACAAUCGCCCUUUCGCAAACCCUCAACGGAAAGCUUCCUCCAAAUCCUACUCCCCCACUUGUUCCCACCAAUGUUCCCAAGGGCCUGACGCUACUAACCCGCGUGAACGUACCACUCUCCGACCCCACGCAGAACCAACGACUUACCACCCUCACCCAGGCGUAUGAUUUAGUAGCAAUCCGCCCUGCCAAUGAAAAGGCCCUGUUGAAUGCGUGCACCAAUCUGGAAUGCGACGUGAUUUCCUUAGAUCUCUCCGUGCGGCAGCCAUACCACUUCAAGUUUAAAAUGCUCUCCGCCGCUAUCGCACGAGGAAUUCGCUUUGAAAUUUGCUACGGGCCGGGAGUCACGGGGAGCGGUGCCGACGCCCGGCGCAACCUCAUCGGGAAUGCAAUGUCACUGAUCCGCGCAACACGCGGAAGAGGAAUCAUUAUCUCCAGUGAGGCCAGGAAGGCUCUGGGUGUUCGGGCGCCGUGGGAUGUGAUUAAUCUGGCAUGUGUAUGGGGCCUGUCACAAGAGCGCGGCAAGGAGGCUAUUUGCGAGGAGGCGAGAAAAACGGUUGCGCUGGCAAAGUUGAAGCGCACGAGCUGGCGUGGAAUUAUUGAUGUCAUUGACGGUGGAGAAAAGCCAAAGCCGAAGACCGACAAGCCUGCGUCUAAACAAAAAGGCGCAGCAUCCAAGCAAAACGACACCCCUCAAUCCGAGAGCAACAGCGACACUCUUAAGAGGAAAGCAUCUGUAGUGGAGACCGAAAAGCCGCUGUCGAAACGGGAGAUGAAGCGCAGAGCUAAGAAAGCUCGGCUGGGAGUGGUCGACAGCGAAGACAGUGCGACAACGCCAGCCAAUAGCUAAAGCAAGCACCCAGCAAUAUUCAUAAGGCUUGUAUUCAUGCAAUGGAUCGGUGGGGCUCCCACUGCCACUACCCAUCAUUUGAGCUU